GUAAAAGUGAACUUUGCCACUUUGUCUUUCCUGUUUCUCCGCCACUUAUUAAGUCGCGGUCCAUUUUCGGACAAGCACGGGCACCCAAUAUUGAUUUCAACUUUGAAGAAAGACAUAAAUAUAUUCAUACACACACAUACAUAUUCGUUUACAGAAACAGAAAGAAAGAGAGAGAUGGAGCAGGUUGAUCGGAGAGUUGGGGUGGCCGUGGACUUCUCGGCAUGUAGCCUGAAGGCGCUGAAAUGGGCUGUGGACAACGUUGUCCGUGAUGGGGAUAGCCUAAUCCUCGUUGCCGUACGCCCCGAAGGGCAUUACGAGGAGGGCGAGAUGCAACUCUGGGAAAAGACUGGUUCUCCUUUGAUCCCUGUGAGCGAGUUCUCUGAUCCUAUCAUUAUGAAAAAGUAUGGAGUGAAGCCUGACCCCGAGACCCUGGACAUUGUCAACACUGCUGCGAAGCAAAAACAGAUUGUGGCAGUCAUGAAGAUCCUCUGGGGAGAUCCUCGCGAGAAAAUAUGCGAAGCAAUUGAUAACAUUCCUCUGAGCUGCCUUGUUAUAGGAAACAGAGGGCUCGGCAAGCUUAAGAGGGCUAUAUUAGGCAGUGUCAGCAACUACGUGGUGAACAAUGGUGCCUGUCCCGUAACUGUGGUGAAGAAUGUGGAUAAUGAACAUCAUUAGUUCCAUUACCUAUUUGGCUGUAUGUGCUCAAGAAACAAGUGCAAUGCUGACUGUACUUGAACUGGUUUUCUUUUGCCAGCCUUUGAGUCCUAGUCCAUUUGGUAUCUAGAAUGGAGUUAUACCGAAUAAACCUGCUUUCACCUAGUUCAUUUUGAAGUUGGUUGAACGUCAUAGUCAAUAUAUAUGUUUGGAGUGUAUUCUACUGUAUUUCGUGUGAGCUAUUCUCUUUCUCUAACUUUCCCUGUAUUUUAUGGCAACAAACUGUUCGAUAAUUUCUUGCAUUACCAAUGCACUAGUAUUUAGUUAA